CACAAGUGUCGGACCGUGGCUGCGGAGAAGACUGAGGAUGGAACAUUUACUAUAGACGCAGUUGGGAAAAGUCCAUACAGAUUUCUGUGAAUCUCUGAGUGAAGAUGGCCUUCUUUAAGAACAACUUCUGGUGUAUUUUUAGGUCCUGAGAAGCAGCUGUCAGUGUCUCUGUCUGCACAGAUGUCCCGGCUGUCUCUCCACUGACAAAUGUGGCGAGGCUCAGGAAGAAACAACACGGCCUAUUUGGGGAGAAAAAUGGCGGCUUUGAUGUCCUCUACCACAACAUGAAGCACGGCCAGCUGGCAACCAAGGAGCUAGCAGAGUUCGUCCGUGAGAGUGCUGCUAUUGAAGAGACUUACUCCAAAUCAAUGAGCAAACUGGCCAAGAUAGCCAGCAACGGAAGUCCACAGGGGACCUUUGCUCCCAUGUGGGAUGUGUUCAGGGUGUCUUCAGACAAACUGGCCCUCUGCCACCUCGAGCUGAUGAGGAAGAUGAACGAUCUCAUCCGGGACUUCAACAAGUACGGAGACGAGCAGGUCAAAAUUCACCGUAAGACAAAGGAGGAGAUGGUGGGAACAGUUGAGGCGGUGCAGGCGGUGCAGGUGCAGAACGGCCACCUUCAGAAGUCAAAGGAGGGUUACCACGCCAAGUGUUUUGAGCUGGACCGGCUGAGGAAGGAGGGGGCUCCACAGAAAGAGCUGGAGAAAGCGGAGCUGAAGUCUAAGAAAGCGGCCGAGUCAUUUGCGGUGUGCAUCGAGAAGUACAACCGCGUGGGUGGCGAGUUUGAGCAGAAGAUGAGCGAGUCCUCCCAGAAGUUUCAGGAAAUCGAGGAGACCCACCUACGGCAGAUGAAACAGCUGAUCAAAGGUUACUCCCACUCCAUAGAGGACACCCAUGUUCAAGUGGGACAGGUCCACGAGGAAUUCAAGCAGAAUGUGGAAAACAUCGGCAUUGAUAACCUCAUCCAGAAAUUUGCGGAGCAGAAGGGCACGGGCCAAGACAAGCCAGCUGUGGUUGGUUUUGAGGAGUACAUGACGGCUGUGCCACCAGAAGGUGGCAAGAAGAGUCGAGCAAAAGCCUUCAGGAUCCCCGGCCUCGGCAAGAGGGACAAGGAGCCGGACUCCACAGACUCCGCUGUGACGGAGACACCGAAUUCACCCCUGGAAGUCGAUGAUGAGGGAUUUGUUAUCCGCGCUGACAGCACACACAAUGGCUGCUCUGAGGACAAGGAGCACAACUUUUACUCCAGUGACUCAGACUUUGAUGACGAGGAGCCCAAGAAGUUCCACAUCCAGAUCAGACCGGUCGCCAGCAGCAGUCGCAGUAACUCCGCUGCCACAGAGAAGGAGCUGAAAGCCACCAUGGGGGCGCUCACUCUGCCGCCCAACAGAGGCGUUCGGCAACAGGUGUCAAUCAAGCGGCAGCUCUCCAGAAACUCGAGUACUGCAGGAGGUCGAUCAGAAGAGGGCGAAGUUGCCUCCCACAGGGAUGGAGAGCAGGAGGGUCUACGCAGAUCCACCUCCAGUCCUGAUCACAGCAGGUUGAGUUCAACAGCGUCUGGUUCAGACAGUCUGUUCGGACCCCCGCUGGAGUCGGCCUUCAAGUCCAAAAGCUUUGAUGGUCGGGAACAAAUCAGAGAGCAGAGCGCUUUUGGUGCCUCCGAUUAUGCUGCCUUCUCGUCCGACUCCUCCUCUCCGGAGAACGUCGAAGACUCUGGCCUGGACUCACCUUCCCAUCAGCCCCUUGGGCCCUCCCCUGAGCCGGUGGGUUGGGCGGCUUGGCCUCCUGUGUCACAGAGUAAAGAGCAGAUGCAAACACUGGGACGACCUGUGGACCCUUUCCUCUCUGCUUUCCGUGACCCCUCCCCUGGUCGGAGUCCUCUCCUGCAGGACGACCCUGCCAGCGUCUGGUCCGUCGCCUCCUCACGUCCCUCGCGUGUCCCCCCAGUUGUGGACCAUUCAUCCAUGCGGUUUCCUGCUUUCUCCCAGUCCCUCCCCCCGCCCGAGGUGGAGUCGUCGGUGUGGAACUGCAAACACAUCCCCCCCGAGGACCCCUUCCUCGCUGCGUUUGAGAGGACCGUCACCCAGGAGACAUUAAACCUGUCGGACGCCUGGGCGCGUCCACCGCCUCGCCCAACCCAGGAGAGCAGGCGGAUGGAUGGGCGACCGGACGCAUUCUCCAUCGCCCUCACCGACACCAAGACUCUACCAACCUCUUCCUCCUUUUCAUCCUCCUCUAACCGGAAAGACAGAGACCGGAAAAGAGACCAGAGCCUCCCUCCUCCUGUUACUUCUGAUGACCCGUUUGCAAUCACGAUGAUUGGCAGCCCAACGCACCAGUCGUCGCUGGCUGCAGCAGCUGGGUUAAUCCCCCCACACAGCAGCGUCGGUGGUGGCGGCGGCUCUACCAAUAGCAAUAGGCUGCUACUCGAUGCCAACUCCAGCUCUUUGCCCUCAGCUCAGCACAAGAAGGAGCUAAUUCACUGGAACUCUUUCCACAACCCAUUCAGUGAAAGUGUCUCUGGAGGGCAGAGCAGCUCCAAAACACAGGAAGGAGGAGGGAAAGGAGAGGGAGGUGGAGAGAGGAGGAAACAUCGAUCAUCAGACAGUGAGCCACGCAGGAACGCCCCUCCACUCACGAGGCAUUCAGGACCACAGGUGGAUCUGUGUUUUUCCACAGAUAAGGAUCAAGACUGCCUGGAUUUGAACACUCAGAUAUCAUGCAGUAUUGGUUCGCACAAGGGGUCCAAGCACAACUUCAGACGGGACACAACUGACGUGGUUGCAGCUGCUCCUCCGAGAACAACCCGAGCCAAAAGGACGUCAGGACGACUCAGCGGCUGCGAGAGAUCCCGGUCUCUGUGCUCCUCCCCGCUGCCGGAGCCCAGCCCUUCCCUCACCUCUUCCUCCUCCUCCAGCCCCAGUGAGUGGGGUCCUCAGGCCAGGGACAACGACUGGGGGGGUCAAAACCGAGCACCUAGUCCCGCCAGAGCGGGACAAGCCUCACCUCUGCCUUACCAGCACCAGGACCAUCAGCAAAGACAGUUGCACCUGUCGCGAGGUCCCAGUCCCAUUUCGCUCAGCACACAAGAGGCCUGGCCGGUGGCAGCAGCCAUAACAGAAUAUAUCAAUGCCUACUUCAAAGGUGGACAACACAACCGCUGUCUGGUGAAGAUCACAGGAGACCUGACAAUGUCCUUCCCUGCUGGCAUCACCAGGAUCUUCACAGCCAACCUCAACGUUCCCGUGCUCAGUUUCAGACUGGUCAACAUCUCAAGGAUCGAUCGCUUCCUGCCAAAUCUAAAGCUGCUCUACAGUGAUCCGUCUCAGAGUGACCCGGACACCAGAGACUUCUGGUUCAACAUGCAGGCGCUGCAGCUCUACCUGCAGAGAGAGGCUGAACUCAACCCUCAGGCCUCCUACUACAACAUCGCACUGCUGAAGUACCAGGUGUCGUCUCAGGACCCGGGGAGGGCUCCCCUCCUUCUGUCUGCAGAGUGUCAGCGCAGCGGCACGGUGAGCCGGGUGUCCCUGGACUACCACUGCUGCCCCGCCACCGCGCCCUCCACCCAGCUCGCCGGAGUCCAGGUGCUGCUGCCACUCGACCACACCGCCACAGAUCUGCAGUGCCAGCCUCCCGCCUCCUGGAACGCGGAGGAAAGACGGCUGCUGUGGAAACUUCCAAACCUCUCCCCGACCAACCACAGCAAAGGCUCAGGGACUCUGUGUGCCAGCUGGCAGUGCCUGGAGGCCCCCCGCGGCCCUCCACCCAGCCUGGCUGUCCAGUUCGUGGGCUCCGGGGCUUCGCUGUCGGGCGUGGACGUGGAGCUGGUGGGCAGCCGCUACCGCAUGUCGCUGGUCAAGAAGAGAUUCGCCACAGGGAAGUACAUGGCCGGCUGCUCCUUGUGAAUCGUGUAAAGGACCAUCGCUGCAGUUUCAGAGAACUUUGCACCUUUUCCUCCAUGGAGGAGGAGGAGGAGGAGGAGGAGCGAUGAUUCGUGGAAAGAACAUAAAAGACUAACCGCUCAGCCUUGAAGGACAAUGUGCACUUACUUCUGAGUGUCCUGCUGUUUUAGGACCACGCCUUUCCUUCUUCUCCUCCUCUAAUUUAAUGUGUGUUGUACACUACGUUGUCCCGCCUUUAGCAGCAGGAACACUUUCUAUUGAAUCUCUCUGUUCAGUAUGUUCUGAGACUGCAGUCUGAGCUAAUAUCAGAAGCCUUCUGGAAUUAUAGAGGAAAGGAAAACAUGUGAAUAAAGUUAUCUGGAAUCGAGUUGCCAUUGAAACUAGGAUUUUUAAAUUAUGUAAAUACUGUAGAAACUCUGGCGAGACGAGUCACGUGUGAGAAAAAUGUUCUACCAAACCUUAGAAAAAUAAAUGUUUGUAAAUAUGUUUGUUCCAAAUGGAGGUUUUGUGAUGUUGAUGUUUAAUAAAAAUAAAUGUGCUUAAACAUU